AUGGAUUAUAUUGUUCUCAUGUCGAGAUACACAACAACUUGGGACACACAUACUGCACGGACACCGGUCGGCGGUCACUCUCGAUACUCACGGAACAGGAAUAUAUCUUCCAAUCGCCCUCGCUUGAUCUCCGGAGCCAUGAUCUUCAGCAUUUCAAACAGAGUCGCCACGGCCUCGUCUGACCACGAACCGACGCACGUAGGCGUGAAUGCAUCGAGGAUUUCCUGA